AUGGAGGAUAGAGCAUCAACAGUAAUUAUUUUUCUUAGUCUUCUCAUUUUGGCAUAUAAUUGGAAUAUCAAGUUUGAUUUCUCUAUAUUGAACUGGAUUUUAUAUGGCUCUUUAAUAGGCUUGUAUUUAUUUUGGAGUUUAGGCUUAUUUUUAAGACGAAAAGACACUAAACUUGACAUCCUCACCAAUCAUGGAGCAGUUUCUCAAGGAAUUUUUAGUAUGUUUUCCUUUCAAAACAAUAAAUUUUACUGCAUUGCCGGACUAAUCAUUGGCGGCUAUUCUGGAUAUAAUUUAUCAAUAGUUUACACAGCAUACUCCAAAAUGAAAUUUUCAAUUACCAUAUCCUUCUUGAUUAAUUCUAUUGCAUCUAUAGUAACAACACUUAUAAUAACUGGCUUUGAGAACUCAAAAACCUUAACUCCCUCCUCCAUGAGCCAGCCAAAAUUGUGGAUAAAUAAUAUUUUGAUAUAUAAAUGAUAACUAGUAUAAUGAAAUCUCUAGCUAAUUCUUUUGAAUUUUAAACAGCUUGUAUUAUAAAGCAUAAUUUUGCAAAUUCAAUAAAUUUUCGCUUUCCAUUUUUUGAAAAGAAAUAUAUAUAAUUUUUUUUAAAAAUAAAUCCUCUCCAUGAGCGAAAAAUUUGUUUGGUCACUCAUGGAGGGGAUUAAGAAAUUUCUUGCCUUUUUUUUACCCUGACACAAAUCCAUGGACUGUUAGCAGCUUUUUGAGAUCUUUAUAUACAUGCAUGGUUAUUGGGGAGUAUGUUGGACUUAUGGCCAUGCUAUAUUUGGGAUUCUUUGAAAUUAUGUACUUUGUUUCAUAUGAAAUUGCAUCAUAUAUAGGAUGGUGAUGGAUUCUUGGAGGAGUUGGAGUCUGCUGCUGUAUGAAUGCCAUCGCCAGUUACCAACAAGCAAUGCUUAGAAGGAGAAGAAAGCUGGAAAAGCAAGAAGAAAUUGAACUUAAUAACUUCACAACAGUAGUUUAA